AUGUCGUACGUUUUGAUCGUUUUCGAUAUCGGGGUUCAGAAAUAUAACAAAUCCGUUAAAUACAUUAAAAAUUUAGCUUUAUCCAUUUAUAUUAAAAAUUUUUUAAACUUUUAUGGAAAAAAUUAUAAAGAAAAGAUGUCUAAUAAAAAUUUAGGAUGUCCUGAACAAGAAGUUGAUCCUUGUGCCAGUUCUUCGAGUACAAAUGCAGGAAGAAGGAGGAGGAGAUGGGGAAACGCACCGCAACCCGCGGCAGCAGCCGAUCCUAUGUUUCCAAGAACAUAUGGAGUAGAUAACUAUACGGUGAGAAGCACCGGUCCUUCACCUGUAAGCCAAACCCAUGCCUACAGACUUGGCCCUCUACCACCCGACCUUUUACAUGCUCCUCUUGAUCUCGAUACUGAACCCCAAAGGCCGGAUCCUGCAUAUGAAAGAUAUAUAAAAGAUCCAAAUCUUUAUAAUAUUCGUUGUAAUUAUGAAUUCCCGUGGCAGACUCCUCAACCUCAAGCUCAGGCAGAACAAGCACCACAAGCAGCCAGAAGGGCUGCACAGCCUGUGAGUCAACCUGCAGCAGCAGGGCCUAGUACUGCGGGAAGAUCCGCCGAUCCUUCAGGUGGAAUCUGCUUUGAAAAACUUGAUCCCAAUGCUCCCGUACCUAAACAUAUUAGACGGAUAUUCAGAAUCUGCAAAUUACCACCAGACCUUCGGGAACCUCCUCCAACCGACCCAACCUUCAAACCUGAUGCCGAAUAUGAAAGACUUAUGAGAGAUCCGCGUCGUUUUGAUUACAAUUGUGAUUUUGAUUUCCCGUGGAAAGAAACGACCUUUACAGGAUUUCGUAGUGCUCAACAAAAAAAGGCUCCACCUCAACCAAUGAGACCGCCUCCUUCGCCUGGAAUCACCGGUCUCCCACCCCAAUUCAGCUUUAAGAAAGGCACCGUAGGUAAUCCUCCUCCUGGAAAUAUUAAACGUGCGUACAGAAUUCAUAAUAUGCCACCAGAACUUCGCCACCCUCCUCCCACCGAUCCAAACUUUAAACCUGAUGCUGAAUAUGAAAGACUUAUGAGAGAUCCUCGUCGUUUUGAUUUCAAUUGUAAUAGCGAUUUCUCCUGGAUGGAACCCACUUCUAUAGCUUUUGGUAAUAUUCCACAAGAUAUUCGUGAUACCUUACACGUACCAUUGCAACCUACGGGUAAUCCAAAAGUUCAGCGUGUAUUUAGAAUUUGCAAUCUUCCACGUGAACUUCUACGUCCUCCUCGUUAUUCUGCUAAUCCACCUGAUCCUGAAUAUGAUAGAAUACUAAAAGAUCCAAAUCUUUAUAAUUACAACUAUGUUAGAGAUUAUCCAUGGUUGGAUUCUUCAAAUGCCGAUGGAUGCGAUGCAAAACAAGAUGGUACUUCAAAAAUUGAUUUAAGUAGAAAAGAUUCAAAUCUUGUACUCUCCUGUACUCAGGAUGAAAAUCAAAAAAAAAAAGUUGGAAUACCUAAAAAACCAAAUUUAUCACCGGAUGAAAUAAAAUCACUUAUACAAUCUGAAGCACAGGAUGUCGAAUUGACCAAAUGUGUUACAUUUGAUGAGAAAAAAACAUACAAAAAACCUUGUCCGAAACAACAAAAAGCUCAGGAUCGUGUUAAAUAUUUACUUUCCGAACACGAAAAUCUACCUGGACCUAGUUUUUCCACAAAGGAUUACGGCCCGAUGAUUGAUCCCGAUCCUGAUGAUAUUUCACCGGAAGUGGCAGCAGCAAUGAUAUUUUCACACGAAAAAGGAAUAGAAUUAGAAUCAUGUCCGAAUGAAACAAUUAAACAUCUUUUCCCUGAAGAAAGACAUCCUUGCAGUAAAUUACCGGAGAGUAAGAUUUCAGUUGUAGAAAAUAAAAAAGAAAAAGAUGAAUUGAUACAAAAAAGUGCCGGAGUACCAUCUGAAGGAGUUAGCGAUUCAGCUUAUACGAAUACGAUAAAACAAAAAGGAGAUGAAAAUUUGAGUCGAGCUUCAUGCGAAUUAAAUUUAAAUUUUACCAAAAAGAAAACGGAAUAUGUUUUGCUAUCUAAAAAACCUCAGAGAAUAAACAAGAUACAAUAUAGAGGAAACGUACCCACUUGGUUUCCGGGGUAUUUUUCAGCUUUCCCUGACGAAUUAGGUAUUAAAGUUGUUUCGUCUCCUUCCGGUUUAUUUAAUAAAGCGUGGAUGUUAACAAAUCCAGAUAAUGUACCAUCAUCUGGUAUCACAGUUAUCGAGUAA